CUCCUGUCAAUCAUGUGUUUACCAUGUAUUUGCAGCCUCCUUCUGAUAUUACCGUGAGCGAAGGGAGCUGGUCAGUGUUGUCUGUGGAAAAGUGUCCAGUUGCUGAGACGAGCACCGAAGAAUGUGAAUAAAUUUCCUUGGACAUCAACAACACAUCAUAUCAGAAGAUGGACGCGCAGGACCAGGAGUCUCUGACCAGGUGGGACAGGCUAGGCAGCCGUGACACUAGCUCCAGGAUGGCCACCAUGGAGCACAUUCGCCAGGAAGUAAUGAGGAAAGUGGAAGCUAUCGGGCCUAUGGCACCAUGUUCGCCGUCACCUGCACCGUCUGGGUGCCCCGCUGGCAGCGACCUGAACGUCACCCUGGCUCACCUGCUCAUGCUCACCAAACGUUGUCCUUUUGACGAUGUAAAGGAGAGAUGCCUUCGACUCUUACAGGCUGUCCAGGAUCUGGGAGUGCGUAUCCCCAGGCCUCUCGGGAACGGACCUAGCAGAUUUAUCCCUGAAAAAGAGUUUUUUUAUUUCCUUCCACUAAAGAUUCUCGGAGUCAGUAAAGUGGACACCAGGACACAGUCAAUAUUUGAGGAUGCGUUCGCAGCCCUCGGUCGCCUUGACAACAUCUCCUUGGUGAUGGGAUUCCACCCUCAGUACCUGGAGAGCUUCCUCCGGACGCAGCACUACCUGCUGCAGAUGGACGGGCCGCUGUCGCUGCACUACCGCCACUACAUCGGCAUCAUGGCGGCGGCGAGACACCAGUGCUCCUACUUGGUCAACCUGCAUGUGAACGACUUCCUCCAAGUUGGCGGGGACCCCAAGUGGCUCAACGGGUUAAACGAAGCCCCGCAGAAGCUGCAGCAGCUCGGCGAGAUCAACAAAAUCCUGGCUCAUCGUCCUUGGCUGCUCACCAAGGAGCACAUCGAGGGUCUCCUGAAGGCAGAGGAGCACAGCUGGUCCCUGGCGGAACUCAUCCACGCCGUGGUCCUCCUCACACAUUACCACUCCCUGGCCUCCUUCACCUUUGGCUGCGGCAUCAUGCCAGAGAUCCACUGUGACGGCGGCCACACCUUCAGACCCCCCUCCCUCAGCCAGUACUGCGUGUGCGACAUCGCCAACGGCAACAACCACGGAAAUCAUCACGACAGUCAUCUUAGCAGCCAGGAGGUGUGCGGCGAGGUGGAGGUGCUGAUGGAGCGCAUGAAGCAGCUGCAGGAGUGCCGUGACGACGAGGAGGCCAGCCAGGAGGAGAUGGCCACUCGCUUCGAGCGGGAGAAGACUGAGAGCAUGCUGGUGGUCACGGCCGAGGACGAGGAAUGGGUGCCCUCCAGGGACAUCUCCCGACAUUUUGAGGACCUCAGCUACGGCUACAAGGACUUCUCCAGGCGGGGGGAGCACGUGCCCACCUUCAGAGUGCAGGACUACAGCUGGGAGGACCACGGCUUCUCCUUGGUGAACAGGCUGUAUCCCGACGUGGGUCAGAUGCUAGACGAGAAGUUCCAAAUGGCGUACAACCUGACCUACAACACCAUGGCAACGCACAAGGACGUGGACACCAGCAUGCUGCGCAGGGCCAUCUGGAACUACAUCCACUGCAUGUUCGGCAUCAGGUAUGACGACUACGACUACGGCGAGAUCAACCAGCUGUUGGACCGUAGCUUUAAGAUCUAUAUCAAAACCAUGGUGUGCAGUCCUGAGAAGACCACCAAACGAAUGUAUGAGAGCUUCUGGAGGCAGUUUCAGCACUCUGAGAAGGUCCACGUUAAUCUGCUUCUUAUGGAAGCGCGAAUGCAAGCAGAACUGUUAUACGCUCUGAGAGCCAUCACUCGCUUCAUGACAUGAAGUGCUUUUGUCCUAGUUUUGUCUUUUAUAUAGAUUUUAUUACAUGUUAUUUCUCAUUGUGGGACAUUUCAAGAAAAGGUUGUGGCGAGGGAGACUUGCUGGAUGGAUGGAUGCUGAGAAGACCAGAACAAAGAAAAAUGUCACAGGCACAGUUUUUUUUUUUUUUUUUUUGCGUGCAGUGCCAAAAGUGACCAGCAGAGGGAGGCCUGGUUGCCAGGCGUCCCAAGUAGUAUUGGAGCAUGCACCAUCCUCUUCCACCUGACUGAAGACCCUUCUAGAAAAAAAAAAGCUGUGCAACCACAACCAUUCUGCACUGUCAUCGUUGUUUGUAGUUUCUUUUUGACAUCGUGUUCAAGGACGUGGUCGCCUCACCUACGGGCCCCCGUGCUUGUGCCUGAACGACGCUGCAGUGUGCCCCAUUGCUGCUGCUCCCCUGAGUUGUUUUCAGCGGGAAGGGGGGUCAUAUUGAUCGCCCCACACCCAAAAGACCUUUCCCAACCCUCAAUCAUAGUCCCUGUCCAUCUGCAUUAACCCAAACGUCUGUGUAAGCUAAUUCUGUGUGUGUGUGUGUGUGUGCAGUGACUCAAAGAACACUGAGCCCUUUUUGAGUUGACUGUGUGUGUGUGUGUGUGUGUGUGUGUGUGUGUGUGUGUGUGUGUGUGUGUGUGUGUGUGUGUGUGUGUGUGUGUGUGUGUGUGUGUGUGUGUGAGAGAGACAAAGAGAAAGUAGCUUUUGAAAUGUUCAUGUGUCAAAAAAGGAAUGCGAGGCACUUUGAAGGAGACUUCUUGCUUCUUGCUUCUGCUGUAGCGCUAUUGUGAUAACAAGUGUUUCUGAUUAUUUGUCUGGCUUAUUAAGGAAAAAAAAGUGUCGAACCAGGUGCUUUUUGCCCCAACACACGUUGACACACACUCACUCACUCACACACACUGCUAGCUGUCUUCCGCGUUAACCCAGCUGCCUGGUCACACUUAAGGUUGUGAAUUCCACCAGUAAAGAAAAUACCUCUUCUGUUUUUCUCCAAAGUGCUCUUUGGUGAGCGCAGACUUUUUUUUUUUUUUUUUUCUCCCCGCUUCUCCCCGAGCCGCCUUUGUUCCGAUUGUGGCCGAUUUGCAAGGCAAAAAGUUGUAGCUGCGCUUAUUAAGCCUAACUAGUGCAAAAGCAUUUUUUUCUUUUCUUUUUUUUUUUAUGAAACCAGUGUUUGUUUUGUUCACUAAAACCAUUAAAGUACUGCAUUUUUCUUCUGAAGGAGGAGUAAGCGAGUUAAGUGUUUAGACGGGGCGGUGAUGACAAAAGGAUGGUACCAUUGGAAGUUGUUGGAGAGAAAACAAAAAGUGGAUUUUUUUUUUUUUUGUUUUCCAAACUUCUGACUGAUGUCAGUUACUGAUGCUUUUUUUAUAUAAAAAUAUAUGAAAAUGGAGAAAAAAAAUAAACCUAUAACGUUGAAUUGUUGUGUAUCAUUUGUAGCGUAAAUUUGUUGGGUUGAUUGUACAAGAAAGCUCACUAACAAUAAAUGAGGUGCACAUUCUGCACAGGUGUCGGUCAGCUCGAUGACAAUGGGAAUCAUCCCAUCCGGGUCAAAGUUACAGCAGCUUGAUCAUUCUUAUGCACCUCACAAGAAAAAAACAUUUCCAAUGAAACAAUGUUACGACAUAAUCACCAGCACAAUCGCCAUCCCCUAAACUGCCUUCACUAGUGUAAGGUUUGUAGGGUUGCAAAGCAAACAACCAUAUCAGCUCAUAUUGCAUAUCAACCUGAGGAAUCAUGUUUAAAAAGUGUUACAAGGUUUGUACACAAAGUGCCGUUCCUGAUGUUUUGAUGUAAUGUGACUGAAAUGCUGUACUUUUAGAGGCUACUUGUAAGCACUGCCUGGGCCCCAAGUCUGUGUAACAAUAUUAAUAAUAAAGUUUUCCAUAGGCUACACA